AUGGCCAGACCUCAACAGCGUUACAGAGGCGUACGGCAGCGCCACUGGGGUUCUUGGGUCUCUGAAAUCCGCCACCCUCUUCUAAAGACGAGAAUAUGGCUGGGCACAUUCGAGACGGCGGAGGACGCGGCCAAGGCCUACGACGAGGCCGCCCGGAUCAUGUGCGGGCCGAGGGCCCGAACAAACUUCGCGUACAAUGCCAACGAGGCCCAAUCCUCGUCGGCCAGGCUCAUCUCCUCCACUCUAAUGGCCAAGCUCCAGAAAUGCCAGGCGGCCUCCCUUAAGAUUGGAAAAAAGCAAACUUUAAGCAGUGUAAGCGGGCCUGAUCACGGGCUGGGCUUCGGCAGAAACAAUGGCCAAAGCAGCCCGAUUGCGAGCAAAAGCGUCCUUUGCGAAAGCCCGUCUGGUAACGGGGAGCAGACGUUCGUUCAGACUCUUGAGGAUGAUCACAUUGAGCAGAUGAUUCAAGAGUUGCUUGAUUAUGGCCCCAUUGAGCUUUGCUCUGUUAUGGAGAGUUAA